AGUGUAUUAAUUAAUAAUGCUCGUCUCUUUUCCUUCUUUCUUGAUCCUUCUUUUUCGCUGCCAUUUUCAUCUACUUUAAGAACUUAAACAAGAGCUUAAGUUUUAUGAAUGAAUUAGCACUGAGUUUUUGGUUUUUAUUCAUCAAAGAUCAAUGGGUUUUGGUCUAACUUUAGUGUUAUCUCUCGUCCUUUUUAUUUAUCCAGUUUAUGGCUAUGAUUCACUGGACCCCAUGGGGAAUAUCACUAUCAAAUGGGAUGUCAUAUCAGACAAUGAGGCUAAUCAAGUCGUUACUGUCUCAAUCUACAACUAUCAACUAUUCCGCCAUGUAGAGCAACCUGGUUGGAAGUUAAGCUGGGAUUGGCCUGGUAAUGAAAUAAUAUGGGAUAUGUGGGGUGCUGAAGCUACUGAGCAAGGCGAUUGUUCUAAAAUCAAAGGAGAAAGACCGCCCCAUUGUUGUGAGAAAGAGCCUGUGAUUGUUGACCUCCUUCCUGGAGCUCCAUAUAAUAAGCAGGAAGCAAAUUGCUGCAAGGGAGGAGUGCUGACAUCCAUGACUCAAGACCCCGGAAAGUAUGGGGCUUCUUUUCGGAUGAGCAUUGGAAGUGCUUCCAAUGAUGGAUCCGGGCCUCGUAUGCCUGAAAACUUCACACUUGGUAUUCCUGGAUAUACGUGUGGUGAUCCCGUUCAAGUACCCCCGACUAAGUUCAACGUGGAUAAAGGCCGUCGAAAGACUCAAGCCGUUGCUACGUGGGACGUGAUUUGCUCUUACUCCCAGUUUAGAGCAUCAUCUUCUCCAACAUGUUGUGUUUCCUUAUCUGCUUUCUACGACAAAACAAUUGUGCCAUGCUCCACAUGCAGUUGUGCUUGUCAGGGACAGCUAGGAGGAGAUCGAUGUGUGAGGAAUGGCGAUGUACCACCAGUUUUAGGACUAGACCGUAACGAACCGCCAAGGCCAGUAGUAGAGUGUACGCAUCACAUGUGCCCAAUUCAGGUUCAUUGGCAUGUAAAGCAGAGUUAUACACAGUAUUGGAGGGUGAAAAUGACUGUUAGAAACUUUAACUAUGUUAAGAACUACAGCCAGUGGAACUUGGUCGUCUUGCACCCGAAUUUGAAAAGCGUAACAGAGGUUUUCAGUUUCAACUACAAGCCCCUUGAUCAGUAUGGUGAUACAAACAACACUGGAAUGUUUUAUGGGAUUCAGUAUUACAAUGACAUGUUGCUACAAGCAGGUGGAAGUGGGGUUGUGCAAAGUGAGUUGUUAAUGCAGAAAGAUGCAGGGAUUUUUACAUUUAGGGAAGGAUGGGCUUUUCCAAAAAAGAUUUCAUUCAAUGGACAUGACUGUGUUUUGCCUCCACCUGAUGAAUAUCCAAAGCUUCCAAAUACUAGUCAAUUUUUGGCUCCUUCAAUACUUACCAUCAUUGUUUUCUCCCUCUCUUUGAUAUGACAAGUGUGUUCUCUUUAAUUCUUUAUCAUGUGUGAAGUCUUCAAGGAAUAGAGUGAAACGAUUAGCAAAGCACAAGUAUAUAUGUUUUACAUUAAAAGAAA